AUGGCCAUCACAAUCAUACAACCCAAACCAGUACCCCAGUACACACGGCGCAGAUCAUCAGCAGGCUCAGACACAGACUCAGACGAUGGCGGCGCCGACAUCGAAGGCGACAUCAGGAUGGCGACAGGGCGCUCGGCAGCCAGCCACAGCGACAUCGUCACGCCGGGCGAGGUGAUCACGACCAACCCGCAGUGGAUGCGCGGCCACGGCACCUAUACCAGCACCCCACAGGACGGCGGCGACCACGGAAACGGCGGCGACGACGACAGCACGGCCAUCGUGUCGUCCCUGGCGGGCGUCAUCACGCGCACCAACAAGCUGCUGUCGGUGCGGCCCCUGCGCGCCCGCUACACCCCCGAGGUGGGCGACCUGGUGGUGGGCCGCAUCGUCGAGGUCCAGUCGAAGCGGUGGCGCGUCGACGUCGGGUCCACGCAGCUCGCGGGCCUGCCGCUGUCGGCCAUCAACCUGCCCGGCGGCAUCCAGCGGCGGCGCACCGAGACGGACGAGCUGGCCAUCCGGUCCUUCUUCGCCGAGGGGGACCUGCUCGUCGCCGAGGUGCAGCAGCUCUACGCCGACGGCGGCGCCGUGCUGCACACGCGGUCCCUGCGGUACGGGAAGCUGCGCAACGGCGUGUUCCUCGCCGUCGCGGGCACGGGCGGCGGCGGCGGGGUCGUGCGCAGCCGCAGGCAGGUCUGGACCAUGGAGGUUGGCGCGCUGCAGUCCAAGGUCGACGUCGUGCUCGGCGUCAACGGCUACGUCUGGAUCAGCAAGCACGUCGAGGACCAGAGCCUGGCGGCUGCCGGCGGGGGCUCUGCCGGUGGUGUCGGCGUGACCAACAUGGAGGAGAGCGUCAGCCAGGCCGUCUACAGCAGCCAGAACGACUACAUUGAGAUCGAGGUCAUGAGGGAGAUCACGCGGGUCAGGGGCGUCAUCACCGCCCUGGUGGAAAAUGGCCUGCGGGUGGAUGAGGACAUGAUCGUCAAGGGGUACCAUGAGGCCGUGGAGAUGGCGAGGCUGGGUGACCUGGGCGAGGAGGAUGUCUACCUGGGCGGCGAGAGAGGCGAGCAGCUGGCCGCGGCACUCGUGCGACGGUAG